CACAGAUGCACAGCGUCAAUGACGGCUAGACAGACACAAUGUUGUUUUGGCUGCUGCUGCCACUGGCCGCUCACUCCUCUCUGGCUGGGCCUUUGCUAGGCACAGAAAAAGACAACCGGCUGCUCGCUGAGAAGUACCUUCGGCGCUUUUAUGGCCUUCCAGUUGGUCUGCAAAGCCAGAAGAGGACAGCAGCAGACUUUAAGUCCAAGCUUCAGGAAAUGCAGAGGUUCUUCAAACUUGAGGUGACAGGCAAUCUGGAUGACAACACCUUAGAUGUGAUGACUCAGGCAAGAUGUGGUGUCCCGGAUAUGGGCGAAUACAACCACUUCCCGCGGCACCUCAAAUGGAAAAAUAACAUUGUGACUUUCAGGAUUGUAAAUUACACUCCGGAUUUGAGGAAGUCCGAUGUGGACCGAGCCAUCCGCACCGCACUCAAUGUGUGGUCUGACGCGACGCCGCUGAGAUUUAAGAAGCUGUACUACGGCACUGCUGACAUUAUGAUCAGUUUUGGGAGGAAAGAACAUGGUGACCACAACCCUUUCGAUGGUCCUAACGGGCUGCUGGCUCACGCUUACCCGCCGGGCCAAGGCAUCGGAGGAGACACGCACUUCGAUGAGGACGAGCACUGGAGCAAAGAUUCAUCAGCUUACAAUCUGUUCAUCGUGGCAGCACAUGAGUUGGGCCACGCCCUCGGCAUGUCGCACUCCACAGACUCGGGCGCCCUCAUGUACCCCAUCUAUUCGUACGCGACAGGGUACCCUCUUGCCGAGGAUGAUGUUAAAGGCAUCCAGGCACUAUAUGGCCCCAACCCAGACCACAAGAAAAUCAAGCCGAAGCCAGACGCCCCUCAAAAAUGUGACCCCACUUUGAGCUUUGAUGCUGCUACAGAACUCCGAGGAGAAACCAUCAUCUUCAAAGACAAAUUCUACUGGCGCCUCCACCCUCAGAUGCACGAACCCGAGCUAACGCUGAUCAAGUCCACAUGGCCGUCCAUCCCCAACAAGGUCGAUGCAGCCUAUGAGAACCCAGAGAAAGACCAGGUCAUCAUUUUUAGCGGUAUCCGCAUGUGGGCUUUGAAUGGAUACAACCUUGUGGAGGGUUAUCCAAAGUACAUCCACAAACUGGGACUUCCUAAAAGCGUGAGGAAACUGGAUGCAGCUGUUCACAUCAAAGACAAGGGGAAAACUCUCCUCUUCCAUGAAGAAGAGUAUUGGAGUUAUGAUGAAGCAAGCGGCACCAUGGAUAGUGGCUACCCGCGAUCCAUCGAGAACGAUUUUCCAGGAAUGGACGACGAGGUUGAUGCUGCAGUUUAUCACUACGGGUUUUUGUAUUUCUUCCAUGAUCACACGCAGUAUGAGUACAGUUACACGUCAAGGAAGGUCAUACGUGUCCUGAGAACCAACUUUAUUCUCGGCUGUUGAGGUUGCAGACAUGUUCGUUACAUACAAAAUAAAAGGGAAAUCCAUAGGAAUGACAUAGUAGCAACAUUUUUAAAAAAUGUUUAUUUGCAACAGUGCUGGACACAGACAUCGAGAGAAUUCCCAUCAGUGUGAUGGCUGAUAGUAUUUGUAUUUAUUCUUUUGGUUCGUCGUUUGUUCUGUUUCACUUCAAGGUUGACUGUCUAGCUCAGGAUUUGCAGAGACUGUAGAUCAAUGGUGUCAAAGUCAAGGCCCGGGGGCCAGAUCUGGCCCAACACAUCAUUUUAUGUGGACCACGAAAGAGAAUCAAACAUGCCAACUUUCACGAUCCUUGCUAAAAGUUGUACCAAAAUUCAUAUUCUCAUACG